GCCGGCCUGGCGGGUCGGGGCUCAUGGCAUCACUCUGGAUGACCUAGACCUCGUCGGUCUUCAACAUGUCUCUAUGGGCAGCUGGCAAGCUCACCUGUGCCUGCGCCCUCGCACGCAUGGUGCACAUUCUCUGCAAUAAGCAAGCACAGCGUGAUCUACGCCUUGCUAACUCUCGAUGACACAUCUACAACCAAUAUAUCUCUCACACACAUCACGACUCCUCACGACUGCCACGACUGUCCUAUCACGACCGCACAUAUACCCGCUCACUGCCGAUCCUCUGGCGUUGCUAUCACGUGUAUUCUCUGAACUGUCGACGUUCCCCUGGCUUGCGCAAACUGUAAGGGCCGAGGUUAGGUUACGGUCGGACUUCGGUAUGGAACGAAUAGAUGGCGGCGUAGACCAUUCUGCUCCUCUUCACACCUACCCACCUUCCAUUGCAUUCCGUCUGUCCUGCUGCUUCUGUGGAACGUUUUUUUUCUUCGUCUGCGUCUUCUUCUGGCUUGCUUUCGUCCACGCUCCACGAUCUGCUUGUACUUUCUUGCGUAUGUUACUCACUAGCAUAUCAUCUCGAUGCUCGAUCUCGAUUCAGUUCUCCUCAAGUGUAUAUAUCGCCCUCGUUACCCAAUAUCCACUACGCGGGAUUCAUCCGAUACUCGUGUGUCGUGAACUAAAUUGGAUAGCUUCGUGUGACGAUAGAGGCGGUCCUUAUCGACGGAGUCCUCGCAUGCUUCGCCAUGCAGUAUCUGCACAGGGGGAUGGGCGGCACUCUGAGGCGGUGAGCGGGAUGUCACAUAGCCUCAAGAAGCGUAUAGCCUCCUCUUCUGCAUCCGAACGAUAAUACUCACCUAUAAUCGCGCGAAACGUACACACUGCCCCGCCAAUUUGACCACACCGAUAGUAGCAGAACUGAGGUCAGAAUUAGUUCCGUUCGUCAAGCACGCGACUGCAGCGGGUCAAAUUCAACAUGAUACACGCGGAGCGUUUUUUCUGGAGAUCCGCGAUGUGAGCGUGGCAAGCCCCUUUUAUCGUGAAUUCAAGGCCCUAAAAC